GGUGAUUCUGCUGUCAGAGACAUCACGGCUACUGGAGUUACUGCAGUUCCUGAUUCAGAGGUUCAGUAGUGGUAGUUCUCUCCAGUGGAGAACCACUUGUGAGCCCAGAUGAACCAGAGGAGAGGUACUCAGUGGUGAGUUAUAACACUUUAGUUAGAUCAGUCACACAUACUCUGUAUGUAGUUAGGGUCAGGAAUCACUGAGAUCUCUGGAAUAUUUCAUUUUUUAGCUGUUGUUUUUAGUUUUUGCUAAAUAUGUUGCUUCAUUUGAUUGGUUUCAUUAAAAUGCCAACAAUAUAGUCUAAAAAUACUAAUGACAUGAACUUGCUAUACGCUAGCUAUUUGAAGACUUUGCUAAAAGUGAGAUAGAGAGAGAGCGUAAUAUGUUAGGCAUUAGAGAUAACCCUGAGGUGUGUGGUGUCUGUGUGGAGGUGGUGUGCUCUGCUGCUGUGCUGUACAGGGCUGUGGUCAUGGCUUCACCCAGAGACACUGAGCCAGGCUUCAGCCGUCAACCUGCGCCGCUUCAUUGGCUGUGCCGUCCGGGAGUUCACCUUCCUGGCCAGGAAACCAGGCUGCAGAGGGCUGCACAUCACCACCGACGCCUGCUGGGGGCGCUGUGAGACCUGGGAGGUGAGGGCAGAGCGAGGGAGAGAGUCCUACGCAGUCAGACUGGCGAGAAGUGUUAGAAAUCAGUAGAUGUUAACAAAAUCAAUCAAAUGGAAAAUAUAAAAGUAACUAAACUAUGAUGAUUAUUGUAGAAAAAUUAAUCACCCAUGACAUAAUAUUGUGUAAUAAAUCAGUAAUAAAGUAAUUGAUUAUAAAGUCAUAACUGUGGAGCUUGUUGAAUAAAUGAACAGAUGUUAAUCUAAAUUAACCAUAUCUCUGUGUGUGUCUCUUCAGAAGCCUGUCCUGGACCCUCCCUACAUAGAGUCAUACCAGCGUGUGUGUACCUACAACGAGACCCGCCUGGUGACGGUGCGGCUGCCUAACUGCUCAGCCAACGUGGACCCCAUGUACACCUACCCUGUAGCCCUGAGGUGUGACUGUGGAGUGUGCCUGACCAGCACCACUGAGUGUAUCUCGUCUGUUUGACUGCAGCACUAUCACUGGCAUCGGACCGGGAGAGCAGCAGCGCAGGACUUUUACUCUAUGGAGCAAAUGGAAAUCACCUUUCUAUUUCUUUUUCAUCUUCAAGUCAUUAUUCAACUUGGAAAAAC